AUGACGGACAAGGGGGGAACCCCCCCACCUCCCCGAGGACCACCAGAUAGGCGACCAGGGGUUUUGGACAGACCGCUCAUGGAAAGAAAUCUAUUCGAUCCCGAGAAGUUACGAGUCAUCCCCCCGGUCAGCCAAAUCCCUAGACGAAUCGGAAGUCCACCACUUAGUCCCACACCCAUUACCAGCCGGGCUAUUAGGACACUAAGCCACGAAUUGGCAACCACAUCCCACCUCGCAGUCAAACGAGCACCACAAACAGAAUCCGACGAACUCCAAGACGAAAAGAGGCCCAAACCAGGGUCACGCACACCGUCAUCAGAUGAAGAAUCAGAUUCAUCUACUCCACCACCUACUCCGGAAAAGGAAUUGGAUGCUCCUAUAACAAGACAUAUCAACCCUCCAAAAUUACCGUCACCAACAAAGACCCUGACGGACAUCCCAACUGAGACCCAAGAAAUGGACGCAGAACCCGUGCCGGGACCAUCGACAGCCCCAGACACGUAUGCACGUAUAGCGGCCGCGCCCAAAGCGACGCGACCACCAUCUCCACGAACAACGGGACCAACACCACCCAUUGAAACACCAACAGCGGCAAACAAACAAAUCAACCCCGAGAACAAUACCAGCGAAGAAAGACAACAAUCGCCACACCCGCCACACAAACCCCAUAUGUACCAACCACCGUAG